CACUUCCUUUUUCCGGCUGCGCUUUGCUAACUAGCUUUCUAGCUAACUGCUCCUCCAGCCUCCCAAUCACUCACAAUGAGGAGAACGCCGGUGUACAAGUGACAACAAUCUGCGUGUCAACGCCAACCGUGUGGCAAAGUUGAUAAGAUACUGCGUACAGCGUUUGGACUCCAUGAUCUGACCCCCGAACACCGAUUUUAAUUCGUCCAGAGGAACCUCCAACAUGGACGACCCCAACAGACCUCAGCGCAAAAUGUCCACGGCGGGGGACAGCCUGUACAAAGUCCUGGGCUUACAGAAGGGAGCAUCGCCCGAGGAGAUAAAGAAGGCCUACAGGAAGCUGGCGCUGCGACACCACCCGGACAAGAACCCUGACAACCCUGAAGCGGCGGAGAAGUUCAAGGAGAUCAACAACGCCAACUCCAUCCUGAGUGACGAGAACAAGCGUAAAAUCUACGACGAGUACGGCUCCAUGGGCCUCUACGUGGCCGAGCAGUUUGGCGACGAGAGCGUCAAGUACUACUUCCUCAUGUCCAAAUGCUGGUUCAAGACCCUGCUGGUGUGUUGCGGCAUCUUCACCUGCUGUUGCUGCUUCUGCUGCUGCUGCUUCUGCUGUGGCAAGUGCAAAUCCUCCGAGGAGGACGAGAGAGACUUUUACUUGGAUCCAGAGGACCUGGAGGCGGAGAUCAGAGAGCAGGAGGAAGCACGAGACGCUGUAAUUGUUAUUCAGCCGAGCUCGUCCGCCACCGCCGACGCUUCCGGCAAAGCUGACGCCACGUCAGGUGAGGACACUGCCAUCGUGAUUCAGCCCCACGCCAGCAACGGCUCGACCUCCUCAUCUGCAGCCGCCACAGCUGCCGUGCGCCUGACAGUCCAGGAGUAAAUCGCAGCCCCGAACCCCCCCCCCACCCCAAUUUUAGAAUUUUGGAUCAAUUUUUUGGGGAGGGUGUUACCUGGCAUCUCUGAGGGGUUUAUUUGUUUACAACAGCAGUUAUUUGGGGUUGUUUUUAGGUGCCUCAGGGUUUGCUUUCGGAUCCCCUUGUUUUAAAAAAAAUCUUUAUUAUAAUUUUUUUUGUAUAAAGCACUGUGCAAAAAGUCUCAGGCCACGAUCAGAUUUUUUUGUUUUAACCAUUGUCAUAAUGAUCAUAUACCGAGGUGGGCCAAAAGUAAUCGUACACUUUUAUAUUAUUAUGUCUCGUUAUUAUAAUUUAAACAAAUUACAUUUAAAGUUUUUUUUUUUUCUUGGCAUCUUUUCCUUCCCGACCUCCUUUACUUCCCAACCUCAAAGUUGCUUUUUUUUGUUCUCGCAUCGUCACUUCCAUCCUUCCUUUGCUUAAAAUGACAUUUCUGCCUUCCUUCCUCCAGUUCUUGCGCAAUACUGCCUUGGAAUCUGCUUUCUAUUUUCGUGACUCAAAUUAUUUUCCAUUAUUCACACUAUCUGUUGAAAAAUAAAAUAAACCACUUAUGGCCCACCUUGUUUUACCAGAAUCCCACUAAGUUGAGCGCAGACCUAGUUUCAGCUAUUCAUAAAAACGAAAAUAAUUCAUAGAGCUUUAUAUAUUUGUCUGUUUGUCCAUUUUUAAUUUUUUUAAUUAGCAAGCUACUACCUGGUUCUUGGAGGGUGGAGAAUAGACAAGAGGUGUCAUUAUGAUUUUGGGGGUUGGAUGGUUCCUGUGGGACCAUAUAGAAUCACAUGGUUAAAACAAAAACAACGCACCAAAAUUGGAUUGAAAUGUAAUUGUUACUUUAUGGACCAUUCCUCCACAAAGAUUUGCGGCUCACUGGUUUUGUAUUCAUUUUUGUGAACCUGCUGUGACCUGUUCUGGUUUAGUUUUACAAGUCAUAUUGACUGCUGUUAAAAAAAUAAUAAUGAAAAAAAAAGAUAUAAAAACAAAGCUACCAGUGACCUAAAACUUUUGCACAGUACCAUUUUUUUUAUUUUUCUUUGCAAUUUUUGUUGAUGACAUGCUGGUUUUGGUUUGGGAGAGAACCAUCAAAGCCUCUCUUUUAAAGCACUUUAAAAAAAAAAAAAAACUUGCGUUCUUUGUGCCGACGUGCCAGAAUAAGGUACCAUCCUUUACCAGCAUGCAACAUAGCCUACCAACGCUAACAAAGACAUGUCACAAUUGUCCAAAAUUUAACAUUACCUUUGUAGGAUGCCAUUUAUUUAUUUACAUUACAAAAAAAAAAAAAAUAUUGGGCUUUAGGGUGAAAUUUCUGGGUAAACCUAAAAUGCACUAUAAGCUUUCCAGGUGGACUUGAUUUGACCUUCUCUCAACUUUUGAAUGCACGUCCAACUGUACAGCAUUUCAGUACUUUUUUGCACGACUUGCUGUUCUCUAUCAAGGAGCUGAAUGGCAAAAUUCACAACAGCUGUUUGAUCCAUGAAACAACCAAAACCUCUCCAAAGAUGUCCACUUCCUUCGCUUUCUGUGACUCUUUCAGUCUCGCUGUAUCUCUGCUGCAACCUGCUGAUGACAGCGUUGUGUAUUUGUUGUUUUGAAUUUUGCCAUUCAGCCCUUUGUUGUGCAAAAAUUGCUGAACGGCCAGACGUGCGUUCAAAAGUUUGAAGGAGGUCAAAUUAAGUUCCCCUUCAAAGGUUAGAGUGCAUUUUAGGUUCAUCCUGAAAUUUCUCUCCAACGCCGAAUAUCCCAAACAUUUUUGUGAGUAGCGUAUACGUGUACAUAACCACUUUUGCUGCUUUCAGGACUUUUUAGUGCCAAAAUUGCUUCAUUGUGAUCGUUUGGGCCAGAAGGAGUUAAUUUUUUAUUUCACUUGUAUGCAACAUGUAUAAGAUAAAACCUUAAUUGUGACCUUU